GUCGGAGAGGAAGAAGCUAUACAAGAAGAAGAGAAACAAAGCAAGAAGGAAGAGAAAGAAGAAGGAAGUAAAAAAUGGAGUCACAGAAGAAGAUAGCUCAUGAGAUCGGUGGUAUGAAGAAUGAUGCUCUUAGAUUUGGUCUCCAUGGCGUUAAGAGCGACAUCAUCGGAUCUCACCCACUCGAAUCCUCUUACGAAUCUGAAAAGAAAUCGAGAGAGGCGAUAAAGAGGACGGUCAUUGGGCAUGCCUAUGGGAGUGCACUUCCAUUGAAGAUGGAUAUGGAUAGGCAAAUCCUUUCAAGGUUUCAGAGACCUCCUGGACCAAUUCCAUCGUCAAUGCUCGGUUUAGAAGUUUACACAGGAGCCGUGGAUGACUUUGGUUUUGAGGAUUACUUGAAUGAUCCUCGAGAAUCUGAGACAUUCAAGCCGGUAGACUUCCACCACGGGAUGGAAGUUCGUCUCGGCAUCUCAAAGGGGCCGGUUGCUCCAAGUUUCAUGUAAGGCCACCUCAUGGUUGGUUUUUAUCCGUUGCUAUGUUAUAGCUGUUGAACAAUGGAAUCAAGUGAGAUCGUGUAUGAACUUAUUUCAACCAUAGACUUCUUCUAUCUUCUCUUGACCCAAGUUUGAAACCAGGAUGAGACAACAUGAUCAGUUCUAGUAUGUUAAGUUUUGUGAAAC